AUGGGAAAGCCUUUAGACCAUAUCAUCCUCUACGGCCCCCCCGGUCUGGGCAAAACCACCCUGGCCCACAUUAUCGCCAACGAGAUGGAGGUUAACAUCAAGGUAACCUCCGGUCCGGCUAUUGAACGUGCCGGCGAUAUGGCGGCCAUCCUGACAUCUCUCCAGCCCCAUGACAUCCUUUUCAUCGAUGAGAUUCACCGGUUGCACCGAGUCGUCGAAGAGGUGAUGUAUUCCGCGAUGGAGGACUUCUUUCUUUCGUGGAUGGUGGGCAAAGGGCUGGCGGCACGGAAUAUUAACCUUAGGAUCAAUCCCUUCACCCUUAUCGGGGCCACUACCCGAUUUUCCAUGAUCAGUGCGCCGCUGCGGGACCGGUUCGGUUCCGUAUUCAGGCUGGAUUACUACGAACAGACGGACAUGGAAGUGGUAGUGAAACGGUCGGCGGGAAUCCUUGGAGUAACAACGGAUACGGAUGGCGUGUCCGAGGUGGCGGCAAGGUCCAGAGGUACGCCCCGAAUCGCCAACCGUUUGCUGAAGCGGACUCGCGACUAUGCGUUGGUGGUGGCCGACGACGAAAUAACGGGCCAGGUGGCGCGCGAAGCACUGAACCGGCUGCGAGUAGACGGGGCUGGGGCUGGAUGA